AGUAACAUAACGCACCUAAAUUUUGUUGGUGUUCGUCGCAUUUUGCAGAUAAUAUUUCAGCAUCUUGCGGAUAAAUCCUGCUAUAAUUUGUUUGUGCCCAAUAAUUAUGGUGUUUGUGUGGACCUGUACAUAAUACAAAAACUUGAGUUUAUCAAGAAUCAUCUUAGAAAAUCUUAGGUUGGGAGUUUGACAGAUUCUAAUACAAUGGCUGCAACGAGGAGACUACAGAAGGAACUUAAUGACAUCAGGCAGUCGGGCUUAAAGUCUUUUAGGGACAUUCAAGUGGAUGAAUCUAAUAUCCUUACAUGGCAAGGAUUAAUUGUUCCGGAUAAUCCUCCUUACAACAAGGGUGCUUUCCGCAUUGAGAUUAACUUCCCAGCAGAGUAUCCUUUCAAACCUCCUAAGAUUAGUUUCAAAACAAAGAUUUAUCAUCCAAAUAUUGAUGAGAAAGGCCAAGUGUGCCUGCCCAUCAUAAGUGCUGAGAACUGGAAGCCAGCUACUAAGACUGAUCAAGUUAUUCAAGCUCUAGUGGCACUUGUUAAUGACCCUGAACCAGAGCACCCGUUGCGUGCGGAACUUGCUGAGGAGUUCCUUAAAGACAGGAAGAAGUUUACAAAGAAUGCAGAGGAAUUCACUAAAAAACACAGUGAAAAGCGGCCUACAGACUAAAGCAGCUAACUCAGUCAUUGUUGUUUAGCUUGGAUUUGCAGCAGCGGAACUAAACUGCUUUAUUUGUAGCAAUGUGCAAAUAAGUUAUUAAGAAUGCAUUUAUUUUUCCAAGACAGUAUUUGUAAGACCUACUGAAGCAGUUGGAAUGCACUGCCGGUAAUACAUUUCAGUUCAAUUCCAUUGCUGUAGAUUCAAUCUAAUUUUUGCAUUUGAUUUUACAUUGGUACUAGCUUUCAAAUCACCUUGCUUGCAAUACAGACAUAAGCACAUAAACAAUUAGGUAUAUAGUAAUCGGAAAAUGUUAAAUGCUACGUGUGUUAGAACUUUUGUUAAUUUGGGUAAUAUCUAUAACUUAAUUUCUUUUUAAAGUUGGCAUUUGAUCAUGGAAAUUUCAAAAUUGUAUUAGUCUGAUUAGAGGUUUCUGCUUACGAUGUUCUGAAUGACAGGUAGCUUUUUAUCUAUGUAAUGUUGUAUGUAAACUAUGCUAUGUAAAUAAAUGGAAGACCUGUGUGUUGACAGACCCCAAGCUAUUAGUUAGCAUUUGAACAAAUUGUCUAUAAAUUCAGUUGUAAUACAUUUAGUGUGUUUUUUUAUUUAAACAAUGUUUAAUGUUACGAAUAUAAUAUGUCGUGUUAUUAUCAACUGUUGCUCGUUAUUGCAGUCCGGCGACUAGACUAAGUGGACAGUAACUGGUGAUUGGGUUGCAUCAACAUAAGUUUAAUCUAAAGCUCUACCUAUUAUGUUUAACUUCACAACUUGUCAAUGUUACUUGGUAACUUACUGUGUGCUGAACAGUUCAGUGCGAACUUUAAAAAUAUAUUUUUUUCGAAUUAA